UAAAAAUAAAAAUAAGGCGUUUCCGAGGCCUUAAAACAGUUAAAAAAAAAACAGAGAAGAAAAACAUCACCAUGGCAACUGUUAACAGCUCCGAGCUCCUGAAGGAAGCUUCGAGAAUAAGGCCAUUCAACGGAAGUGAUGGUUACGACCCAUCCUCAUUUAUAAGAGAAGUAGAUGCCAUACUCCGCCUCUUUAACGAUAACCCAUCGUUAAAGGAAUUCGUUAUUCAACGCUACGUACUAACGAAAGUAAAUGGAGACGCCCUGAAGGUAGUCCGACCUUUAGGAAGCACGCCGAUGUGGGACGACGUAAAGGAGGAACUCAUCCGGAACUUCGGGGUAAAGGAGAGCUACAGGAGUCUGUACCACCAGGCCAUCAACGUUAAGCACUACAAUAUCAACUGGACACUAAUAUUUUUGAUACUAAUGACAAUGGCUCCAACAGCAACGUCCAUUUUAACCAUCCAACCGAUUCAUGAAAACAGCGGAUAUGUGGAAAUUAGUACAUCCAAAACGGAAAUUGUAGUUUCAUCAGAAUUUAUAAUACACGCCAUAGACCCUUAUGAAAUUUUAUAUUUAAUUAACAACAUGACUUUUAAUACAAAUCUCUUGAGGCCAUUACAUCGCGAUUUACUUAGGAAUGAACUCUUAAUCCUUAAAACAAAAGUCAAAACCUUAAUACCUAAAUCUAGUGGGAAUAGGCAUAAAGGAGGAUUAUUUAAUUUGGUUGGGACAAUGAAUAAAUAUUUAUUUAUGACAUAGAUAGAAAGGAUAUUGAGGAUCACUUAAAGUUUAUUGAUCAAAAUAUGCACAAUUCUAUUACAACCUUAAACCAACAAGUUAAAAUAAAUAAAUAUUUUGAAAAAACAUUUAAAUAUUUAAAAUCAACAAUAGAACAAGACAGGGAAAAAAUACUAGAUUAUGAAAGAGGAAAUGAUAAAAUUCUAAAGGAUGCUGCAUUAAACAACAUGUUUAACGAGCAAAUCUUAAGAAUACAUGUCCUUAAAGAAAAAAUUGAUCAUAUUCAAGAUAGCAUUGCAGCCGCCAAACAUGGAUUAUUACAUCCAGGAAUUUUGACAAGUGAAGAAGUUGAUAUAUACGAAAUAGACCUAUUUAAGUUGCAACAUUUAAAAAUAUGUGCAAUUCAGUAUGCAGAAAAACUGCUCCUUUUAAUAGUAAAGGUACCACGAAAUUUCAGCACAGUUCAAUUAAAAGUUAUUCAGCCCAUUUCAAAUGAACAAAUGAGAGAAAUUACUUCCGUUUCAGAAACAGUUUUUAAUUACAAUAAUAAAACUUAUACAUAUGAAAAAGACAAAACACUUAAUGAAUUAAAAACUUCAAAACAUUGUAUUUUUACAAAAACAUGUCUAUUAAGUAAGAACGAAAU